GAACAAAACAAACAUAAUUUGACAUCUUUAUUCAGUCCACAGUAAUAUUUCUGUUUUCGUCGUGUAAAUAUCGCAACGUUUUAACGUGUUGCAUUGAAUGUCAGCUUCUCCAGCAUUUGUCAUCAUACCGACUGCAGUUACACGACUUGGCCACGCGGAGGCCCCGUAGACCACGACAUUGCGAAGUGGAGUCAGGCAUUUCUGCGAUGUGGGACUCCUCCCAUGGAAAGAAAAUCGGCAGAUUAUAUCUCGCUUGUCUUUCAGACAAAGAGACGCGAUGCGAGGACGAAUGCCGCCGCACAUUCAGCGACACAAGAGAGGAAUAUUUGGAUUGUAAUAGUUUGAGUCAGGCUUGAAUCUUGUAUUUCUUCAUUGUUUGCUUUGCUUUUGGAUUGGAUUCGUACCCAAUGUUUUUCCCAAGCAAAACGACGCGUGACUGGAUCUGUUUUGUUGUCCUGCUCCUGAAAUGUUCGCCUCAAGCGGCCAGCGGACAGCUCUCCUAUUCCGUCUCAGAGGAGGUAAACCCAGGGACGUCUGUGGGGAAUAUCGCCCGGGAUCUCAACCUCGACGUGAAGACUUUAGAAUCUCGCUUGUUUCGGGUUGUCAGCAAUUCUCAGACGAAAUAUUUCGACGCCAAUCAAAAGACUGGUGUUCUUUUCGUCCGUGAAAGAAUAGACAGGGAGGAGCUGUGCACAAAGGCUCCAAAAUGUACCAUAAACGUGGAGGCGGUGAUCGAUAACCCUUUAAAUCUUUAUCGCUUGGAGGUCAAUAUAAUAGAUAUCAACGACAAUGCGCCCGUGUUUUCUGAGGAUUUGCAAUCACUUGACAUUGCAGAAAGCACACGACCGGGUCUUAAAUUCGGAUUGAUCGAGGCAACGGAUUCGGAUGCGGGAAAGAACGGCAUUCACACAUACGAGCUGAGUGCGAGCGAAUAUUUCUCUUUAGACGUCCACAAAGGCGGCGAGAGUGUGUCUGCGGAGUUGCUGCUGCGCAAAGCGUUAGACCGCGAGCACGACUCUGUCAUGCAGCUCACACUGACGGCGCUAGACGGAGGAACCCCACCCAGGUCCGGAACAUCACAAAUUAUCAUUCACGUUUUGGAUAGUAACGACAAUCCUCCUGUUUUUAGUAAGUCUUUAUACAAGAUUCAAAUCCCAGAAAACGCGCCGACAGGCUCCACUCUGAUCACGCUGAUUGCAACAGACGCAGACGACGGCUUGAACAGUGAGAUACGAUACUCUCUGAGAAGAAAAGGACAGGAUCGUGUUUUACAUUUAUUCGAAAUUGAUCCUGAAACAGGUGAGAUUCUCGUCAAAAGUCAGAUUGACUAUGAAGCAAAUUCUGCCUUCGAGAUUCAUGCGCAGGCCACAGACAAAGGCCAUCCGCCAAUGUCAACACAUUGUAAAGUGCUGGUCGAGGUGGAGGACAUCAAUGACAACGCUCCCGAGAUGAGUGUGACGUCACUGCUGCGCGCAGUCGAGGAGGACGCCGAGGUCGGCACUGCUGUUGCUCUCGUCUCCGUGAUGGACAACGACGGAGGAAGCAACGGUGUCGUGAAAGUUGCCAUCGCAAAUAAGACUCCUUUUCAAUUGGACACAAAUUAUAAAAACUAUUAUUCGUUAAUAGUAAACGGCCCGCUGGACAGGGAGACUCAAAGCGACUAUAACAUCACUAUUGUGGCGAUUGACGAAGGCGCUCCGCCUCUGUCCAGCACAAGCGUUAUUCGCGUGCACGUCUCAGACGUGAACGACAACAAGCCUCGCUUCUCGGAGCCCCUCGUGAAUGUUUACAUCAAAGAAAAUAGUCCACCGGGAGCGGUAAUACAUCAAGUGACUGCAGUCGAUGACGACGUCCAUCAAAACGGGCGCCUGACUUACUCGUUGCUGCCAAGCGCCACCGACUCGAUUCCGAUAACGACGAUGAUAAACAUCGACUCGGAGAGCGGCGAGAUCGUCACUUUGCAGUCGUUCGACUACGAGGCGCUCAAGACGUUCGAGUUCAAAGUCCAGGCCGCGGACCGCGGCGUUCCUCCGCUGAGCGGCGAAGCGAGCGUCAACGUCUUCAUCCUGGACGAGAACGACAACAGUCCCGGCAUUCUGCCGCCCUAUUCCGAGCACGGCUCGGCCAACGGCGAGAGCGUCCCCUUUUCUGCCGAAGCGGGAUACUUCGUGGCGAAGAUCAGGGCCGUCGACGCAGACUCGGGAUACAACGCGCUGCUCUCCUAUCGCCUGUCCGAGCCCAAAGGCGGCGACGACGGGCUCUUCCGGAUCGGAAGCGGCACCGGGGAGAUUCGGACCAAGAGGAGAAUGAGUGACGAUGACCUGAAAAGUCACCCCUUGGUGGUGUUGGUGUGUGAUCACGGAGAAGCCUCCCUGUCAGCUACUGUGUCUAUUGACGUGCUGGUGCUGGAAAGCGCAGCCGACGUCCGCGCUCCGUUCAGACACGUGCCCGGAAAGGAGGAGAGCUUCUCCCGUUUCCACUUGUAUCUGCUCAUCGCCAUCGCGGCCGUGUCGCUCGUCUUUCUGCUCGGCCUGCUGGCUUUCGCGGCCUUCAAAUGCCGCGGACGGACGGACGGCGCCCCGACGAUCGGCGCCCGCCCCGACGGGAGCCGGUCUUACUCCAAAGCCACUCAGCAGUAUGACGUGUGUUUGGGCUCGGACACGCUCAAGAGCGACCUGGUGCUCUUCCCCUCGGCCUUUCCGCCGGGGGAAGCGGAACUGAUCAGCAUUCACGGAGGGGACACCUUCGGCAGGACUCAGACUUUGCCUCAUAGCGAGAAGGUAGGCUGGCAAUGUUUUUGUCUUCCGAGGUUCUUUGUAUUUCUCGUCCCAUGAUGAAGUAGUGUGCAUUCACAUGUAGCCAAGAGUGCAACUCAUAUGAAGCACGAAGUACUUGUGGUCUUUUGAAAAGUGACUUUUAAGGCGUUGACUUUACGCAUUGCUUUCUGUCAAGCUGGUUGACUCCGAAUCGUACCUGUGACCUCAUUUAUCGCGACAACAGCCCAUAAUCUUGACGUAACUUGUUCAGGGAAGGGAAAAGAGCGAAAUGGUUCAAUUAUCGUGUGUUGUCAAUGUAUGCUGUGGAACGAUGACAUAAAUGUGACGUUGAGUCCUUCACAUUUGAAUCUGUUGACAUCUAGAAAGGUGAUAUCCUUCGAUGAAAGAGUUUGUACCCGUUUCAAUACAUGGCAGCUUUUACGCAGCACUCAGAAAGGUUUUUACGUGAACUACUACUCGCUUGUUGU